CCUUCCUGGUCCUGCUGGGCAGGAACUGUCCUGUGGCUGUGGGAGGGCUCUGUGCCCAGUGCCGACCAGGGUGUCCCCCGCCUGACCCCAUGGCUCUGGUCACAGUGAGCCGCUCGCCCCCGACUAGCGGCUACUCCACGCCUGUGGGGCCCCCGCAGGACCAGGCCUCCAAGCGGAGAAGCCGGCUCCAGCGAAGGCAGAGCUUUGCAGUGCUCCAUGGGGCUGUCCUAGGACUGCAGGACGGAGGGGACACAGGAGAUGCAGCCGAGCCUGUCCCCGAGCCUGCGGAGGAACCCUUGGGUGAAGAGCAGCUCCACAGGGACCAGACAGACAAUGGGCAUGGGCCCCAGAGUCCCCAGAAGCAGGAGCAGAGUCAGCACCUCCAACUCAUGGUAGAGCUGCUGAGACCGCAGGACGACAUCCGCCUGGCAGUCCAGCUGGAGGCAGCACGGCCUCCCCGGCUCCGCUACCUGCUGGUAGUUUCCACAAGACAGCGUGUGAGCGAGGAUGAGACAGUCCUCCUGGGGGUGGACUUCCCUGAUAGCAGCUCUCCCAGCUGCACCCUGGGCCUGGUCUUGCCUCUCUGGAGUGACACGCAGGUGUACCUCGAUGGAGAUGGGGGCUUCAGUGUGACGUCUGGUGGGCAGAGCCGAAUCUUCAAGCCGAUCUCCAUCCAGACCAUGUGGGCCACACUCCAGGUAUUGCACCAGGCAUGUGAAGCGGCCCUAGGCAGCGGUCUUGUGCCAGGAGGCAGUGCCCUUACCUGGGCCAGCCACUACCAGGACAGACUGAGCUCUGACCAGAGCUGUCUCAACGAGUGGAUGGCCAUGGCCGACCUGGAGUCCCUGCGGCCUCCCGGCGCUGAGCCCGGCCGACCCUCGGAACAGGAGCAGAUGGAGCAAGCGAUCCGGGCUGAGCUGUGGAAGGUGCUGGACACCAGUGACCUGGAGAGCAUCACCUCCAAAGAGAUCCGCCAGGCGCUGGAGCUCCGCCUGGGACGCCCUCUCCAACAGUACCGUGACUUCAUCGAUAACCAGAUGCUGCUGCUCAUGGCUCAGCAAGACCGGGCCUCCCGCAUCUUCCCACACCUCUACCUGGGCUCAGAGUGGAAUGCAGCAAAUCUGGAGGAGCUGCAGAGAAACAGGGUCAGCCACAUCUUGAACAUGGCCCGGGAGAUCGACAAUUUCUACCCUGAGCGCUUCACCUACCACAACGUGCGCCUCUGGGAUGAGGAGUCAGCCCAGCUGCUGCCUCACUGGAAGGAGACACACAGCUUCGUGGAGGCUGCGAGAGCGCAGGGCACCCGAGUGCUAGUUCACUGCAAGAUGGGCGUCAGCCGCUCAGCAGCCACGGUGGUAGCUUAUGCCAUGAAGCAGUACGGCUGGAGCCUGGAGCAGGCUCUGCGCCACGUGCAGGAGCUCCGGCCCGUCGUCCGCCCCAACCCUGGCUUCCUGCGCCAGCUGCAGACCUACCAGGGCAUCCUGACUGCCAGCCGGCAGAGCCACGUCUGGGAGCAGAAAGUGGGUGGGGCCUCCCCAGAGGAAUCCUUGGCCCCUGCGGUCUCUACACCAUUCCCACCCCUUCCACCAGAACCAGGGGGCAGUGGGGAGGUAAUGGCUAUGGGGAUGGAGGAAAGCCAGGCAUCCGCAAAAGAAGAACUUGGGCCAAGGCGCCGCAUCAACCUCCGUGGGGUCAUGAGGUCCAUCAGCCUCCUGGAGCCCCCCUCGGAGCCGGAGAGCACAACAGAGGCUGCUGACCUGCCAGAGGUUUUCUCUUCAAACGAAUCCUCAGAGAAAGACCCUCCACAGCCUUUCCCUCAGCUCUCAAAGGCUGAGGGAGGCCAGCAGGUCCACAAGGGGCCUUGGCCUGCCCUGAAGUCUCGCCAGUCUGUGGUUGCCCUCAACAGCGCCGCCCUGGUGGCCAGCCGGACCCGGGCCUUCCAGGAGCAGGAGCCGGAGCCUGAGCCGGAGGUGGCGGGCCAUUUUUCCACCCCCAGGGUCCGCAAGGUGGUGAGGCAGGCCAGUGUGGAUGGCAGCGGGGAGGAGGGGGAGGCCUGAGCCCUCGCUCGCGCCCGUGGCCCCCUAGCCACAAACAGAGUGCCUGAGCGCAGCUCCUGGGGUGAGCACUCCUCACUCCUGUCCGCCGGUGUGCGCUCCUCUUAGCUCCUCCCCAGGAGGCCCAGACCCCGUCACUAGAGCCUCAGCUCCUACAGCCUUAAGUCUCAGACCCAUGUCCACCUGUCCAAGGGCUCAAGACUUUCUCUGUAAUUGGGGAUAUGGUAGAGAGACGGAAGGAGCUUUGGGGGGCAUUCUCAACUGUUGCCUGAAACACUUGCAGCCACAGAAUAAAACACCGUUUCCCAGCACUCCUUCAUGCUCCCUCCCUUACCCACCCCGUCUGCCUGUCCCUGUGCCCUUACUUUACUGGGGCCCUGUAGGCCAGAGAACCAGUGGCCCCCAAAGGCCUAGAGUAACCUCAGUCCUCGGUGCCCAGUCCUGGGAGGCUCUGAGGAGCAGAGAGCGGGGUCCUCUGCCAGGGCUGGCAGGUUGGCUUCCCUCACGUGCCCUGUAGCUGGCCGGAGUCUCUUGCUGCUGCCCCCUGUAACCCCCCUACUCACAUCCCUGCUGUGACAAGGCCCUGGGACACAGGGCAGCAGGCCAAAGAGAGUCUUCUUUUUGUCCU